AUUUAGGGUCACCGCACGCUACUGUCCUGGGUAGAAUUCCAGGUCGUCAGCACUGAUCUUUAAAGGCCAAACAAACGCUGACUAGUAUUGGGGCAGAAUUGACGAAACGUGUAUCUGUGAUGGUUUCAUCUUUUUUAAUCUUCCAUUGCAACACGAGCCCCAUCGAGGCCCGGCAGCGUCACUGUGUGCUCUGUGGGAGUGCCCUGCAUCACCGUGGGUUGAACAUGGGUGACAGGGCAUGUAGCAGUUCUGCAAACACAACAAAAUAAAUGUGCGUGUAGAUCCAGCAGCAGCUAUUAAUAUCUCAAGACUUUAGCUUUGACUGUUACGGGUGUAUUCAUAUAGGAAUGAUGUCACUAAAGCCUAUGUGUCGCUAAAAGGAAACUCCGUCUCAGCCUGUCAUUUUGUUUUGAGCUGUGGUUUAGAGUGGGAGGAAGAGAGGCGGCCCUUGAUAACGAUAUUCUGUUUCGCAGCGUGAGGAUGUGUGUGGCGUAGGGAUUGAUGAUUUUAUUUAGACGGUUUGCUAUGUUCUCUGGGCUUGCACUUCUCUGGGUUUGUUUCCACGCGGGGAGGAGCCUUUCGCCUUGGGGUCGGUUCACAGGCCUCAGGAGCCCUGGUUCAGUGGAAGAUCUUCAGGGUUCACCACAGCGCAGAACAACAGACGGGAUGGUCCUAGAGGGGCCGCGCAGUCUGCUCAGAGUAGAGUGAAGCCAGGUCCGUCUGUGAGGCAGGGUCCUGAUGGCGUCCCACCCUGAGAGGGGGGUGGUCCCGGCGUUCCUCUGCACCCUGUGUGUCCUCAGAGUGGUCACACUCCUCCUUGUCUCCGGAGCGCUCAGCAUGGAAGAGAGCCGACAUGAGGUGGUGAUGGGGCCCCAGGGAGCGAACCUCAGACUGACCUGCUCCAACAAGACGUGGACAGAGCUGUUCUACGUGAUCUGGAGGAUCGCCGCAGGCCAUAGUCCGUGUGAGAUCCAGCAGGACGACAAAGGAGAUAACCUUAACACGUGCAAAGGAGGCGUGGCCCUCCUCAACACGUCCAGCGGUCAGCCCUACCUCCUCAUCCCCCACUUCUCUCCCCGUCACGAGGGGCUGUACCAGUGUGAGGCCUCCUACUUGGGCAUGGGAGACUACCGCAACAUCAACCUGGUCCUGUCUGUGCCCCCCCGUGUGAGGGCCUGGCUUGAGUGGGCUGGCGCGAGCCGUGUGGCCGUGUGCGUGGCGGAAGACGGGAAGCCCGCGGCCACGCUGUCCUGGAGGAACACCGGGAACCUCACCGCCAACACCACGACGACGCAGGGACCCCCGGGAGCCUCGGUCACCGUGAGGAGCACGCUGGAGCUCCCAGGAGACGGAGCGGGUUGGGAGGGGGUCCGCUGCGUGGUCGCCCACCCGUCCUUGGAGAGAGAGGUCACCAUGAAGCCGGUGGACUCAGGAUGGGGGGCGGGGAGGGGCCUCUGGGUGGUGCUGCUGCUGAGCGCUGUGACGGUCCUCGCUACGCUGGGAGCGCUGUACGUCAGUCGGAACCACCUGACUUCACUCAGGCGCUGCUGGCAGUCGGUCUGCAGGUCGAGCCCAGAGGCCCCGCCCCUAGAGGCCCCGCCCCCAGAGUCUGUCCUCGUCGAUGACAUCCAGCCCUACGCCUGUUAUCAUCAGAGAGUCAACCCCCUCUACAUCUCAUCUGCAGAUCUGUUGAAAUGAAACACACACACACACACACACACACACACACACACACACACACACACACACACACACACACACACACACACACACACACACACACACACACACACACACACACACACACACAAAAACACACAUAUAGAAA